AGGCAGCCGAAGAGUGUGGUAGGUAACGGUCGUCAGCGCAAGGGUCAUUUUGUCGCUGGGAAGGGACGGCCCUUGCCCGCGGUGAUGGUGGUUAGCAAGAUGAACAAAGAUGCGCAGAUGAGAGCAGCAAUUAACCAAAAGUUGAUAGAAACUGGAGAAAGAGAACGCCUCAAAGAGUUGCUGAGAGCUAAAUUAAUUGAAUGUGGCUGGAAGGACCAGUUGAAGGCACACUGUAAAGAGGUAAUUAAAGAAAAAGGACUAGAACACGUUACUGUUGAUGACUUGGUGGCUGAAAUCACACCAAAAGGCAGAGCCCUGGUACCUGACAGUGUAAAGAAGGAGCUCCUACAAAGAAUAAGAACAUUCCUUGCUCAGCAUGCCAGCCUUUAAGAUUGAAUUAGAUUGUGUCGUUUUGUGGUUUUAUUUCUGAAAGUAAAACUUGCCAUAAAUUAGGAAUUGAUUUCUCAAAUAAAAUCCUUUUU